GUCAGCGUUGAUUAUUCGAGGUUAUGUUGACUUAACCUGCAAAUUUACUUGUCAAUGCUAUAUGUUUACACGUGUGGAGUGAAAAAAUUGUAAAUACAUAGGUUUUUGUGUGGAAUAUGGGUAAGACGGAUAAAAACCUUAAACGUAAAGUAGAAGAAGCAAGUAAUUCUAAAGAAAUAGAAGAAGAAAAAGGUUCUGACUCUGAAGAAGAGGACUUUUUGACCACUUUAAACGGCGACGAAGACAGCAGCGAUUCUGACAGAGAAAUCGAAGACAGCGAAGAUGAUAAUAACGAACUUGUUGAAGACGAAGGUGAAGAAAAUAAUGACAGCAUAUCGGGAGAAGAUUCUGAAGCUUCAGACGAACUUGAAGACGAAGAGGAAGAUGAAAGCGACGAGGAGGACGACUCUAGUGGUGGCGAGGAAGAAGAAGAACCCCUUUCUGAAGAAUCAGAAGAAGAAACCAGCGAAAAAGAAGAUGAGUCACCAAAAUCAAUCAACAAGCUGUCUGAAUCUUCAAAACUUGAUAAAAACGCGUUAAGUAGAAGUAAAACUGACGAAUAUGCUGACAACGAUACUUCAGAUGAAGAAGAUAUAAGAAAUACUGUAGGUAAUAUACCUAAAAACUGGUACGAUGAUUACAAACACUUAGGUUACGAUUGGGAUGGAAAAAGGAUUAUUAAACCCGAACAAGGCGACCAACUGGACGCUUUCUUGAAAAAAAUGGAGGAUCCGGACUUCUGGAGAACAGUUAAGGAUCCACAAACAGGUCAAAAUGUAGUUUUAAGUGAUGAGGAUAUACAACUUAUUCGUAGAAUAAGAGGACAGAAAAUACCUGAUGUCAACUUUGAAGAAUAUGCUCCUUGGAUUGAGUGGUUUACGUCGAAAGUGGAGCAAAUGCCGAUACGGAAAUUCCCGGAGCAUAAAAGAUCGUUUUUGCCCAGCAAAUCGGAGGCUCAAAAGGUUUCCAAGUUGGUUCAUGCUUUGAAAAUGGGUUGGAUUAAAACCAGGGAGGAACAGGCAAAGUUGAGGGCGAAGAAGGAGCCUCAGUUUUAUAUGCUGUGGCAAACCGACGAUCAGACUGAAGAGAUGAGGAGGAUACACAAGCAUAUUUCAGCACCGAAGCGCCUUCUACCGGGCCACGCGGAAAGCUACAACCCGCCGCCGGAAUACCUCUUCGACGCGAAAGAACUCAAGCUGUGGAACAAACUGAAAAACGCGCCGUGGAAGCGCAAGCUGCACUUCAUCCCCCAAAAAAUCGACAGCCUCCGCAAAGUGCCCGCCUACCCCCGCUUCAUAAAGGAGCGCUUCCUGCGGUGCCUGGACCUCUACCUGUGCCCCAGGGCGAUCAAAAUGAAGCUGAACAUCGAGCCCGAGUCUUUGGUGCCGAAGUUGCCGAGCCCUAGAGACUUGCAGCCCUUCCCCACGGUCAUGUCUCUGGAGUACAAGGGCCACACGGACAUGGUGCGGUGCAUAAGCACCGAAAAAACCGGUCAGUACCUGCUCAGCGGUUCCGACGACGGUACCGUCAAAAUAUGGGAGGUCAACACCGCGAGGUGUUUGAAAACUAUCAAGAUAGAGGGCGUUGUUAGAUCUGUGGAGUGGUGCCCCAACCAGGCCCUGUCCCUGGUUCUCGUCGCCUCCGAUAACGACGUCUACCUGAUAAACCCCCACGUGGGCGACACUCUGAUCUCGCAGAAAACCGACGCGGUUCUCUCGGAAGUGCCGAAGUCCGACCACAUAAUCCCGGAGCGCAUCAGAACCUGCGUUCAGUGGUUGGAGCCGACGCAAGAGCUCUACGAGAGAGGCGUCAGGCUUCAUCUGAAGCACUUCAAGGAGGUCACGCAGGUUACCUGGCACGGCAAGGGCGAUUAUUUCGCUACGGUGAUGCCGGACGGCGCCAACAGGUCGGUGCUGAUCAGCCAGGUUUCCAGGCGGAGGAGUCAGUUGCCGUUCGCCAAGGCCAAGGGCUUGAUACAAUGCGUGCUAUUCCAUCCCACAAAACCAUGCCUGUUUGUUGCAACGCAGCGUCACAUCAGAAUCUACGAUCUGGUAAAGCAAAACCUAAUAAAAAAACUGAUGACCAACUCCAAAUGGAUAUCAACGAUGGCGAUCCACCCGUUGGGGGAUAAUUUACUUGUAGGAACUUACGACAGAAAAAUGCUUUGGUUCGAUUUGGACUUAAGUACAAAGCCAUACCAAACUUUGAGACUUCAUGGUACAGCAGUUCGUGGCGUAGCUUUUCAUAAGAGAUAUCCUUUGUUUGCAUCUGGCUCCGACGAUAGGAGUCUUAUUAUAUCACAUGGAAUGGUCUAUAACGAUUUACUCCAAAAUCCUUUGAUAGUACCUCUAAAACGGCUCCAAGAUCACGAUUCAUUCAACGAUUUUGGUAUUUUCGGGGUCCAUUUCCACCCCCUACAACCCUGGGUGUUUACUUCGGGCGCUGAUAGCACUAUUAAAUUGUAUUCUAAUUAAUUUUUGUUAAUAAAUAAUGAAUAUUUCUAUUAA